GGUUGAGCACGCGCGCCCGCCCUGCGGGAAAACUUCACGGCAUGGCGAAACUGUGCGGGAAAUAGAUCGCGACUUGUAAUGACAAACUUUAAAGGAUUGUUUUUGGAUUUUGUUGUGAAUUGAAAGUUCGUACAUCAUGAAUUCUUGGCACUGGAUACACUGGUGGUGCUGGUAUUUCCUGAUGGGCCCGGCUUCGGGCGAAGUCUUCACGCUCGGCUACAUCACGGGCUCCGAGAGGCAGGAGGGCGACAACACUUAUUGGAGACUCGGACGUGUCAUUUCAGGUGCAAUAUCAAUGGCAGUUGAUGAGGUGAACGAAAAGCUCCUCGGGCCCAUGAAUCACUCGUUACGGUUCGAAGUCGCAGAGACGUAUGGAGACGAAGAAAUUUCCAUCCAGCAGGUGGCGGCGCUGUGGGCGAGGAAUGUGUCUGCAUUCAUCGGACCCCAGGAGACCUGCGUUCAUGAAGGGAGGAUGGCUGCUGCAUUUAAUUUGCCUAUGAUCAGUUACUACUGCCGCGACGUAACCCUGCCUUGCUCCAACAAGCCGAACAACAUGCAAGGGUACUCCACGUUCGUCCGCACUCGCCCCUCCGACACCAGCAUUUCACGAGCUGUAGUUGACGUUUUGACGCAUUUCAACUUUAUGCAUGUAACCUUUCUCUAUUCCAACGCUCUAAACAAAGACUUCUCCAGACUGGCUCAAGCCAUUAUCGCUGCAGUGAAGGAGCGGCAAAUAUCAGUCCGGAAAACUGAAGCGUACAGACAUUCCUACUACUUCGGCAAUAACUAUACUCGCAACCCCUUCCUGGAGAUCGUUCAGGAAACUUACAAAGACACUCGAAUUUAUGUAUUGGUGGGGAAUUAUCAUGACCACGUCGGACUUUUGAUGGCUUUAGAUGCUAUGCAGCUUUUAGACUCUGGUGAAUACGCGGCAAUCGGCGUAGACGUCGACAUGUACACGAAGGAUCGAGCCCGGCAGUACCUCACGGGCCCCGUCAGCAACGAGCACCCUCCACUCCGCAUAUUCCGGUCCUUCCUCUCGGUGGCACCGAGCUCGCCUUCGCCCGCCUACCCGAAGUUCGCGGCAGAAGUCAACAGGAGACUGCAGAUGCCACCGUUCAAUUUUGCUAAUCCCCUGAUGGGUUUUGGUGGUAAAGUCAUCCCAGAGUACGCAGCGUGGCUGCACGACGCAGUGUGGGUGUACGCACGCGCGCUGAAAGCGGCGUUGCUAGCUGGCGAGAAUGUGCGUGACGGGCGUGCGCUCGCCAGGCGGAUGCGGAACACUACCUACGAGAGUAUCAUGGGAUAUUCAAUCCACAUGGACGAAAGUGGCGACGCUGAGGGUAAUUACACAUUGCUGUCCAUCGACCCGUCAGAACCGCCUGGCUUGUACCCGCUCGCUGUUCUGCACAAAUCUGCGCCGGAGGUGAGAUUUUUACGACCCAUGAACUGGCCUGGUGGACACGCGCCUCUUUCUGAGCCUCCUUGUGGAUUCCGUGAAGAAAAAUGCGCUAGUCACGUGGGUGCCUGGACCCUCGGCGCAGCCGGCGGCGCGCUAGCCCUCCUAGCACUGGCAGCGUUGGCUUUAUACCGCGGCUGGCGCUACGAGCAGGAGCUCGACUCUCUGCUGUGGAAGAUCGACUUCAGAGACCUCCAUCUGCCCGACAAGGAGCAGCGCGCCAACAAACUGAAUAGCAGCGCGACCGGCAACGGGAACCCAUCGGUCAUAAUGGCCAACCCUGAGAAGAACGGCAGUACGGGCGGCGUUCGCUCCAGCCAGGUCUCCCUGAGCUCGAACCCUGACCUGGACUUUCGUUACUCGGCCAUCUUCACCGAGGUUGCGCUGUACCGUGGACGCCUGCUGGCCGUCAAGAGAAUCCGCCGACACCAUAUCGAUAUUACCAGGGAAAUCAAGAAGGAGCUUAAAACCAUGCGGGAUUUACAACACGACAACGUGAACGGUUUCGUGGGAGCGUGUAUAGAGCCUCCGAACGUCUGCGCGCUCUCGGAAUAUUGCACCCGCGGCAGCCUGAAGGAUAUCCUUGAGAAUGAAGAUAUCAAAUUGGACAACAUGUUUAUCGCAUCAUUAGUCGGAGAUAUCAUCAGGGGGAUGAUCUUCAUCCACGAGUCACCACUCCAAUACCACGGCGCACUGCGUCCUUCCAACUGCCUAGUGGACGCGCGGUGGGUCGUCAAACUCGCAGACUUCGGGCUCCAAGCCUUCCGUGCCGGGGAACUACCACCAACUGAACCUAAUGCCAUUCGAUCGCAUAUUGAAAGUCUAGUAUACCUGGCACCCGAGCAGCUACGGUCCGCGGGCUGGGGCAGCCAGACAUCCUCCGAGCCUUGCGACGGUUCCCAAGCCGCAGACGUGUAUGCUUUCGCGCUAGUGCUGUACGAGAUGCAUACGCGCCGCGGCCCGUUUGGGCCUGAUGCACCGCCUGCGCCCGCGCUGCUGCGUCGCGUCGCGCUAGCGGAACCGGUGCCUUACAGACCACCAGUAGACGUAUUGACGGCUCAGUUCGACUGCUCGCGCGAAUGUUGCGUGGAAUGCUGGGCCGAAGACCCUGCGAUGCGACCCGACUUCAAAGCUAUUAGGACCAAACUGAGACCCCUGCGGAAAGGGAUGAAACCAAAUAUAUUCGACAACAUGAUUGCAAUGAUGGAAAAGUACGCAAACAAUUUGGAAGUUUUAGUGGAUGAGCGCACUGACCAGCUACAGGAAGAGAAAAAGAAAACAGAGGCUUUAUUAGAAGAAAUGCUGCCAGUGCCAGUUGCGGACCAGCUGAAGCGAGGGCGCCGCGUCAUGCCGGAAAGCUACGACUCGGUGACGAUCUAUUUUAGCGACAUUGUGGGGUUCACUGCCAUGUCUGCUGAAAGCACGCCUUUACAAGUGGUAGACUUCCUGAACGACCUAUACACAUGUUUUGAUUCAAUCCUAGAAAACUUCGAUGUAUACAAAGUUGAAACUAUCGGCGACGCUUAUAUGGUUGUAUCUGGUCUUCCCAUACGUAAUGGAAUCAUGCACGCGGGAGAGGUGGCUUCAAUGGCAUUGGCUCUCCUGUCGGCUACACGAUCAUUCAGAGUACGGCAUAGGCCUGAUCAAAGGCUUUUGCUACGAGUUGGAAUACAUUCCGGUCCCGUUUGUGCUGGUGUAGUGGGACUAAAAAUGCCCAGAUACUGUUUAUUCGGAGACACCGUGAACACGGCGAGUCGUUUCGAAUCAACUGGAGCACCUCUCAAAAUCCACUGUAGCGCUGCAUGUAAAGUGCUCCUAGACAAACUAGGAGGCUACAUACUAGAAGAGCGAGGAGUAGUGGCUAUGAAAGGCAAGCGCGACCAAGUGACAUACUGGCUGAAGGGGGAGGAGUGCGGGACGGCGGCGGCGCGGGCGCACCGGCGCGCGCAGGCGGACGGCGCGCCGCAGCUGCCGGCCGAGCGGCGCGGCCAGCGCAGCUCGCUCAAGAACAAGUGCUGGAAGAACCAAGUGGGCGUCUUGCACAGGUGUUGCAGUUUAGAAUCUCCAAAGAAAUUGCGUUUUGCUUCAGGCAAUUUACUAGAAUCACAUACUGAUAGUGUCCUACACCAUCGGAGUGAUGAAUAUUUAAUGGAGGUAAUAGGCGACGGUCGCUUAGCAACCGCGCAGCGCGGGGAUCUCUUAGAAGCGCCCAGCCUCCGGCACGAGCAGACCAGCGUGUCCUGUCCCAUCAUCGAGCACAUGGAGACGCCAGCGCCGCCUAUCCCAGCCAACUCUUGCGCAACUUUACCACACGAGAACAAACGAACCAAACCCUGCGAUAUAAAACUCGUGGUGAACGGGUGCUCGUACAGCGAGAACGAGGCAGGCAUACCGCUGCUCGCGGACGCGUGACUUACUACUUGUACUUAUUAAUUCCUCGCACUAGUCAUGGGCGAUGCCCUGGGCCUAUAGCAUAGGAUGUUACGAGGCUUUUCUGAAUAGCUCUCUAUUUGUUUUAUGAGAGAAAUGUGAGUGUAGCGAAAUGUGUAUGUUGCUAGGCUGGAAUAGUGAAUGUUAUCUGUAUGGAAUGAAGAUUUAAUGUUUUUGACUGGAUUAUGUUGUGAUCAGAUUUAUAAAAUGUGCCAAACUUAUCUGUUUGGAUGUUUAUAUAGGAAAUUGAUGUUAAUAUAAUUACUAAAGUAUGACGAAAGAGUCGGCCCCGUAAGUUAGCGAAAACCAGGCAAAGCCGGGAUAGAAUAGGUUAUACGUAAGCUCAGUGUACGGACGAUAUUUAGAGCGUCAAUGUGAUCUGUGUCAGUAUUAAGUUAUUAAGAGACCACGUUCAAUAGAAAUUAUUUAAUAACAUUAAACUCUUAUUUCACAUUUCA